CGCGCCGGGAUGACGUCAGUCGCUCGGCAACAACCAGUGCUACCGUCGUCGCAGAUGUGGUGAGAUCAUCCGUGAGAGACGGAACAGGGACGGGAAGUUGUGUGGUGAUGGUAAUGAUGUGAUGUGAUAUACAAUGUAUCAUUCUCUUCAUUCAGAAGAAGAAGGAGGAAACCCCACCCUUGAUCUGGCCAGCAUUGAUCAGAAAACUCAAGAUAGACUAAAGAGUAUCAUGGCUUUCAAAACCGAAUUCUAAAUCAUGCUCUUUAUUCUUGUGGCAUUGGAUUUUAAAGCAAAUGAAUGUUUUUUCCCUCUGUUUUGAAGAAUGCUCAGCUUUCUGUGGUCCCGGAUCUGUGGCUUAGAUAGCCCUGUUCGCCUCACGCGAGCUGAAGCCACACGGAGAGUACUAAGUUUGGAUUUAAACAAGGACAGGAAUGUUGAGCGAAUACAUGAAAAUGGGAUCAACACACUUGACAUCGAACCUGUGGAAGGAAGAUAUAUGCUAUCUGGUGGAUCAGAUGGAAUUAUUGUUAUAUACGACCUUAAAAAUUUGACUAAAACACCUUCGUAUACAUGCAAAGCAUUGUGUAAGGUUGGUAAAGGCCUCCCUGAUGUACACAAAUUCAGUGUUGAAACCGUUCAGUGGUACCCUCACGACACUGGAAUGUUUACAUCAAGCUCAUUUGAUAAGACUCUGAAGAUAUGGGACACAAAUUCACUAAAGCUAGCUGAAGUCUUCCAGUUUGAUGGUAAUGUUUACAGCCACCACAUGUCUCCACUAGCAACCAAGCAUAGCUUAAUAGCAGUUGGAACUAAAAAUCCUAAAGUUCAGUUAUGUGACUUAAAAUCUGGCUCUUGUUCACACAUAUUGCAGGGUCACAGAGCUGAAGUGUUGUCUGUCUGCUGGUCUCCACGCUAUGACAAUAUUUUAGCAACUGCAAGUGCCGACAGUAGAGUAAAACUGUGGGAUGUCCGCAAAGCUACAGGGUGCCUGAUCACACUGGAUCAACACAAUGGAGAGAAAUCAAAAUCUUCUUCAGAAGCUGCUAACACUGCCCAUAAUGGGAGAGUGAAUGGGUUAUGCUUUACCAGUGAUGGGCUCCAUCUAUUGACUCUUGGCACAGAUAACAGAAUGAGACUAUGGAACAGUGCUACAGGGGAAAAUACUCUGGUUAAUUAUGGCAAAGUUUUAAAUAACAGCCGUAAAUGUGUUAAGUUUACAGUUUCAGUGGGCUGCAAUCCAGACUUUGCAUUUGUUCCAGUUGAUAGCACAAUAGUUGUGUACACCAUAUAUACCGGUGAAAAAAUAAGUGUUCUGAGAGGACAUUAUAGUGAUGUAGACUGCUGUGUCUUUCAACCUCAAUAUCAGGAUUUGUAUAGUGGAGGCAAGGACUGUGAUGUUUUGGCUUGGGUACCCGCAAUGCGGGAGCCUGUUCCUGAUGAUGACCCUCAAUCAUCUAGGUCGCAAGCCCAUAUUCACCCUGCAUUUCAUGAUGCAUGGAGUAGCAGUGAUGAAGAUUCUUGAUGUCAAUUAACAUAUUUAUUUUGUUGUAUAUUCUGUUAUUCAAAAUGGCAGCCUUUUUGUCUUAAAGCAGUAUUAAAACCAAAAAUGUAAUAUA